CACUAGACAAUGACUGUAAAGAACUACAGCUCCCAUGUAAACAGCGAGAAAGGGAAAACCUUCAGAGCAGCCGAAAAGUAAAUGAAUUUGUUCAGGUCAGUGGAGGAUUCAACUCCAUAUCCGUAACCCACAGACAUGACAGAGGGAACGCACCUGCGGAGGCGAGGGGGCCCGUACAAGACGGACCCAGCCACAGACCUGAGCCGCUGGAGGCUGACUAACUUGGAAGGAAGGCAGACCUGGCGUUAUGUGGAGGACCAGGAGGCUCCUGACAGAGAGCAGACGAUGCUGGAGGCCCACUGUCUGGGUCUGGACACGAGUAAGUUUGUGUCCGACUCCCCGGCCGCCCACACCGCUGUUGAUGCAGCUCUGAAAGGAAUGAACUUCUACAGCCACCUCCAAGCAGAGGACGGUCACUGGGCCGGGGACUACGGAGGACCUCUCUUUCUGCUUCCAGGUCUCCUGAUUACGUGCCACGUGGCAAAGAUCCCUCUGCCUGAGGCUUGGAAGAAAGAGAUGGUGAGGUACCUGCGCUCCGUUCAGCUGCCAGACGGAGGCUGGGGUCUACAUAUUGAAGAUAAGUCGACCGUCUUUGGUACAGCGCUGAGUUACACCUCAUUAAGGAUCCUGGGAGUCGAGCCUGAUGAUCCUGAUAUGAUCCGAGCCAGGAACAACCUUCACAGCAAAGGUGGUGCUGUGGGGAUCCCAUCCUGGGGUAAAUUCUGGCUGGCCAUUUUAAACGUGUACAGCUGGGAGGGGAUGAACACACUGCUGCCAGAGAUGUGGCUUUUUCCAACAUGGAUGCCUGCUCACCCCUCAACCCUGUGGUGCCACUGCCGCCAAGUCUACCUCCCCAUGAGCUACUGUUACGCUGUCCGACUGGCUGCAGACGAGGAUGCUCUGGUCCUCAGCCUCAGACAGGAGCUUUACGUGCAGGACUACUCCUCCAUUAACUGGCCGGCUCAAAGGAACAAUGUGGCAGCAUGUGACUUGUACACACCUCACAGCACGCUGCUCACAGUCGCAUACAUGGUGUUAAACGUUUAUGAAGCUCACCACAGCACGACACUGAGAGGAAGAGCCGUCAAAGAGCUGUAUGAGCACAUCCAGGCUGACGACCGCUUCACUAAAUGCAUCAGCAUCGGACCGAUCUCCAAAACUAUCAACAUGUUGGUCCGCUGGUACGUGGACGGUCCUUCCUCUCUGGCCUUUCAGGAGCACGUGUCCAGGAUCCCAGACUAUCUCUGGUUGGGAUUGGAUGGCAUGAAAAUGCAGGGCACCAACGGAUCUCAACUCUGGGACACUUGUUUUGCAGUUCAGGCUUACCUUGAGGCAGGAGCCCAGGAUAAUCCCAGACUUCUUGAGUGUCUUCACAAUGCGCAUGAGUUUCUUAGAAUAACACAGAUACCAGAAAAUCCUCCUGAGUAUCAAAAGUAUUACAGGCAGAUGAACAAGGGAGGGUUUCCCUUCAGUACUCGUGACUGCGGCUGGAUCGUAGCUGACUGCACAGCCGAGGGUCUGAAGUCGGUGAUGCUGCUGCAGGAGCUCUGUCCAUCGAUCAACCGGCAUGUUCCCUCAGAGCGCUUAUAUGAUGCUGUCAGUGUGCUGCUGAGUAUGAGAAACCCUGAUGGUGGAUUUGCCACAUAUGAAACUAAAAGAGGAGGGAAACUCCUGGAGCUGCUCAACCCCUCAGAGGUGUUCGGUGACAUCAUGAUAGAUUACACUUAUGUGGAGUGUACGUCAGCCACCAUGCAGGCCCUCAGGCACUUCCAGAAAGCUUUCCCUGAACACCGAGCUGAGGAGAUAAGCUCCACUUUGAGAGACGGACUGGAAUACUGCAGGAAGGUGCAGAGGCCUGAUGGAUCCUGGGAAGGGUCCUGGGGAGUCUGCUUCACAUAUGGAAUCUGGUUUGGCCUUGAAGCUUUUGCCUGUAUGGGCCACGCCUACAAGGAUGAUGAUGUGUGCGUAGAGGUGCAGAAAGCCUGCCAGUUCCUGCUGGACCGGCAGAUGUCUGACGGAGGCUGGGGGGAGGACUUUGAGUCAUGUGAGCAGCGGCGUUACAUCCAGAGCAGCACAGCCCAGAUCCACAACACCUGCUGGGCUCUGUUAGGCCUCAUGGCUGUAAGGCAUCCAGACAGGAGAGCCAUAGAGAGAGGAGUACAGCUGCUGAUUGACAAACAGCUGCCUAAUGGAGACUGGCCACAAGAGAAUAUUGCUGGUGUGUUCAACAAGAGCUGUGCCAUCAGCUACACCUCCUACAGAAAUGUCUUCCCAAUCUGGACUCUCGGACGCUUCUCAAACCUGUAUCCGAGCAGUCCACUGACAGGGAAGGUCAAACUGUGAAGACGAUCUAAAGAGUUUCUGGAUCAUCUGAUCCGUCAGGAUGGACAUGAACUAUGUGUAUAAAUGAAUCAAAUAACAGCAAAAAACAUUUUUUUCCAUGUAGGAAAAUGUUCAUUUUGUGCAACAUGUCCUCUGAAUGACAUAGCUGCUAGUGAUCAAAGUAUGCACAACUUCCUGAUGAAGCUUUUUAGUGUUUAAAUGUUCAGCUGUUUUUUUAUAAUCCAUCACACAGAAUAACUCAGCUCAUCCUUUGAAUUAGUGUUUACACAUUUUUAGAACUACAUUUUUACCUAUCUGUUAUGAUAAUCUGCUGCUAUCCAGACCCCAAAGUGUACAAAAGCAUGUCUGUCCACAUUGCCUUAAAUUCUUCUAGAUUACAUUUAGAAUAAAGAAAAAUUUUAU